AUGGCAGCAGGACACUGCGGAGAUGGGCUCGAGCUCGACCCCGGUGUUGCGGCCGGCCACAAUAUGCCAGAGAUACCGCAGCUCCCACUUCCAGAGAGUGGGCUUGAGCACCACGUGCCGGCAAUGAAGGAGGUGUAUCAUCCGCCGACGCACGGUGUAAGCAACCGAGAAGAAACAGUGUGCGGCCUGAGAAAGAGGUCAUUUUACAUCAUCUUGGUCCUUGCCCUUGUCAUUGUUGCCGCUGCCGUGGGUGGUGGUGUCGGCGGAGUGUUGGCGAAAAGGGGUAGCAUCGAUGACGUUGCCCCUCCGGCAGCUGAUCGAAACAAUAGUGAAUCGACCAGGGGCCAGUACGAGUUGCUGCCGAGCACGGCACUCUCGUCGGUAAAUUUCACAGACGAGUACGGGUAUGACAAUUAUCUCGUCUUCUACCAGCUACGCUCGCGAGCCCUAUGUCAGUCGGCUUUCAACUCGUCCAAUGGCGAAUGGAUCGUGUCCCUCGUAAACAGCAGGACGGACAUCAUAAAGAACGGCACAGCAAUCUCUGCGAGUAUCUUCUGGCGAAGCAAGACUGUUAGUCUUGCCCUUUCGUGCUUUGCCCUCGAGGAGGAAUCGAAAAAGAAACUCACAAGGUCUCAGAGUCGCGACACGCGCGUCUACUACGCGGACCCCGACAACCGAAUUGUCGGUCGACUCGUCGCCGGCUCUGGUCUGGCCUUGUCCGAAGCCAGCUGGAACCCCGUCGCGGGCGUCUCGGGCAAUUUUGCUACCGCUCCCAACUCGCAAAUAGUUUCGAGUGGACUCGAGAACACGGACUCGUAUCGCGGCGACUUUCUCUUCUACCAGGAUUCUUCCGGCACCAUCCGGAUGCAGCGGCGCAGCGGCGGCCCCAACGAAUGGGACUCGCACAACGUUCCCUUCAACCUCGGCCGUGCCGUCGGCGGCUCCGGCAUGGCCCUCAUGCCCAUCUAUAACGCUGGACUGCGCGCGCUUAGCCUCUUCUACAACGAAGCUGGUACGGGAACUCUGAAGCACGCGAGCGUCAUGUACGAUACGAGAUGGACAGCCGAGGACUUGCCGACCGCUUUGGACGAGUCGGCCCUCAUCACGGCAUUUUCCUGGGGCUACAACAGCACCGAUUCGUCGGCGGCUCUGCCGGGCGCCAAGAGCAACGCGACGGUGCAGGUGCUUACGCUGCAUCCCGGCCGAAACGUUCAGUUGACCUCCUUCGCCAACGGCAGCUGGGCCUUCUUGGGCGACGUGAAGGGCAUGGCUGGCCGGGAAAUGCCGAUAAUGUUGGCGACAAACCAGGGCGGCCGGGUAUACGGAGUCGUGCCUGAUGGCGAUGGCCGAGAAGUAAACGUCAUCGAGUGGAGGUGGAAAGGGGGAAUCGAGUACGAGAGGGUCGGUGUUGUGAACACGACGCUGCCAGGUAUCAUAUAG